AUGCCCCCGAAGCGCAAGAUUCGAAAGCCCGACCGUGAUGAGGAGCACAAGGAGGUCGGUAGCCCUGCCGAGGAUGAUGCGCAGGUUAAGGCUCAGGAGAGAGCUGAGAAGUUUAAAGCCUUGAGACGGCGUAUGAAUGAGUCCGCGACUGAGAACAGGCGAGACAUGUAUGCCGAGCACAAGCGGCAACAAGAGGAUCCUCGCGAAGCAGCGAAGCGCGAGCGGAGAAGGCAAGAAGCAGAGGAGAAACUGGCAAAGUUGGAAGCAGAAGACGAUGGAGAAGAGUACUCGCGGAAGAAGAAUUGGGAAUAUACAAUCGCAGAAUCGCGAGCGUGGGAUGAGCGCGUCGAAGCGAAGAAGGAGAAUGCGAGGAGGCAAAAGUUUGCGGAUCAUUCCCAAUCCGCAGAAGUCAAAUAUGAGAAGCAAAUACGUGGUUUGAAACCUGAUCUUGAAGCCUAUAAGGAAGAAAAGGCCCGAGCCCUGGAAGCUGGUCUUAUUGUUGCUACGGAGGAUGGCGUCUUGCAAGCAGUGGAUAAGGACGGUCAUCUAUAUCGGGACAUCGACUCACUCGGUUUCGUCGACAACAAACCUAAAAAGGAAGCAAUCGAUCGCUUGGUCGAUGAUCUCAAGAAUGAGGAGCUGCGAAGGGAGCAGGAACGCGCAAAGAGGGCAGCCAAGGGCAACACUGACAUAUCGUACAUCAACGACAGAAACAAGAAGUUCAACGAGAAGCUGUCGAGAUACUACGACAAAUACACAAAAGAAAUCAAGGAUGCUUUUGAACGGGGGACAGCACUAUGA